CAUCACUGACUGGUUGUCAUAGAAACGUUAAGUGGUAAACAUUCACAAAUAAUCUCCGAAUUUAAAAUUUCAUCUAGUAUUUGCUCAGAUUAAUUCUGUAUUACUGUCAUGGCAGAUGAAGAGGAUGUUAUUGAUGAAGAGACAGAAAUAGCUGAAGGUCGCAGGGAGAGUGAAACUGCAAUUAGCCCUGUAGAAGUGGAGAGACCACUUGCACCUCCAAAAUAUGAAGUCCGACCUGGUCUAGGAGAAAAGUUCCAAGGUCAAAAUGUGCGUGAUAUUAUUGUAUCCACAAUGCAGGAACAACUAACAGGCCGACAGUACCGAGCUGAUCAAGCUCCUAGUUGGGCUAAAGCCAUUGCUAAUGCUGUCCGACAAAGAGUUCAAGAUUUAGAUAUGAAAAGGUAUAAAAUUGUCGUUCAAACUACUUUAUUAGAAAUGAAAGGGGCUGGAAUCAAAUGUGGACAGAGGUGUAUCUGGGACCCCGAGACGGAUGACUACAUUGACGACCUAUACAAGAAUGACACACUGUUUUGUUAUACCAUAGUUUACGGCAUUUACAUGUACUGAACAAGACUGAAUUUUUUUGUCGUAUUUGACUAAGGCCCGUAUUAUAGAAAGAUUCUCUCUGGUUGUUUUAGUCUUGAGCAUAGUUAGAAAGGGAUGUCGCUAUAUAUAGCACAUAGCGACAUCCAUUUCUAACUGUACUCAAGUAAAGAUCAACACUUAGUCGUCAUUCUAUAAUACGGGCCUAAUUGUGUGUUAUGUGGAGUCUGUGCUAUGUGAGACAGAACUUUAAAUGAGGAUCAUUACUAGGUCAGCAAAUCAACUCAAAG